CUCGGCGGAUUCCGGCGACUGAGUUAAGAAAAUGAGGCAGAAGGAAGUGUUAACCAAGACCUUCCAGGGCCCGGCCAUUGUCUGUAGGACUCCGACCAGCCACGUUUACAUGUUUGAGAAUCGUGGUGGGGACUCGGGGGACUCCUCGGAGGAAGAGUCCCACCAUGUGGCUCUGCGGCCCCGAGGCAAGGAGCGCCAGAAGAAGGGUGCCCCCCACCCUCACCAGCCAGGAGCGGGGGACAUGGUGCUGCUUCAGCGGGAGCUGGCACAGGAGGACAGCCUCAACAAGCUCGCUCUUCAGUAUGGCUGCAAAGUCGCAGAUAUCAAGAAAGUCAACAACUUCAUCAGAGAACAAGAUUUAUAUGCUUUGAAAUCUAUUAAGAUCCCAGUGAAAAACCAUGGGAUCCUAACAGAGACCCACAAAGAACUCAGACCCCUCCCGAGCCCAUCCUCCGAGACCAGAGUGACCUUCGAGGAGCUGCCAGACCCAGACAGGGCAGCCGUAGGUGCCAGUGCCCUGUCCAGCCCGCUGACGGAUUUCUUCAAGGGCAUUGACCAGAAUAUUGAGCGCGCGGUGCAGUCAGAAAUCUUUCUAAAUGAAAGUUACCAUGGAGAGACGUCCAGUCAGCUGCCACCUCCAGCCCCUCCGAAGACCCCGACAAAUGGCGCCGACUGUGGGAUUCAGUGGUGGAAUGCUGUUUUUAUCAUGCUUCUAAUCGGGAUUGUUUUACCAGUGUUUUAUUUGGUCUAUUUUAAAAUACAAGCUACUGGCGAGAUCCCCAGCAGCUUGAACACCACUACUGUCCCCAAUGGCUCGGUGACAGUGAGUGCAGUUCCAAGGCAAGCCCCCAGAUUAGCAUUUCCGGUGCCAACCAUCCCCUCUUCAGCCAGCCAGGUCAGUCAGACCACUCGGCCAGGGAACUAGCCGUGGUUGUUCCUAAAGAAUCAGGCCAGUUUCAGCAUUUGACCUCUUAACGUGCAUCACCUGCUGUCGGCCACGGCCGAGGGUGCCGCAUCCUUUCCUAUGACACACGGACAUGUUUCAGAAAACACCAUUGUGUUCUCAGUAACCCUCACCCUGGGGAGUAGGCUCGCCCAGUCCCAGGCUGUGGGAGCCAAAACCCAGCACCCUCAGCCUCCUACAUCCAGAAGUUAAAGCAAGAGAAACAUUGACACGUGGCAGGUGCCGCUUCUUUAAGAUUCCUAGUGGACUGGCGCUGUGUGGGCCCCCAAGUUGGAUGUGUUCGGAAGUUCAAGAACGGCGUUGGGCCUUCAGUGUGGGAGCCUCUGGGAUCAGCUCCGGUCACUUGGCUGUUUGCAGUGUCCCCUGCCUGCUGUGAAGGGAUGACUGACUGUGUGACAAAUGGUGCUGUUUGCCUCCCUGGCAAAGGUGCUGUCCAGUGGCUUUGUGUAUCAAUCACCCUGUUUUGGAGUCUGACAGAUAACAAUUAUAACAGACCCGAUUUCAUCUUUGCCCUCACCAGUUAGCCUUUUUGAGGCAGUGUCCCUUCUAGAAUCGAAAACCCCCUAAAUCCGAAUUGCUCUAAUACUGAGUAAAUGGCAGCAGCUCUCUUCCUUGUGCUUCCAGAGGUAACUUAGUGACACACAGGCCUGUGUUGUGAGCUGCUGCGUGGUGUGUCUAGCGCGUCUUGGCCGGAACACUUGGGGCUGUUGCUCAGUUUCACCCGGGCCGUAUCCCUACUGCAGUGGCUAACUGGAUUCCCUAAGUUAGCGUCCUUGGAAGGACUGUUGCUGGCCAGUGUCUGGAACUUAGUAGGUGCGGAGAGAAAGAUGAGUGCCUGUCAUCGAGGUCCCAACAUGUGAUGCUUCUAAGGCUGAACAGUCACCAGUCCAGUGUUGCUGAGAGCAGCAGCCCCCAUGUGUACCUGGAAGGGAGGUGUGGGGAGGACUGGUGUGCUUCCUGCUGCUUCCUUGACUCUAAGGAAUGCUAGCGCCGUCACACUAGGAAGGGGCUCCGUGUUCUUCUCUGGGUCAAUAGCUCUGUAUAGUGCAGCUCAUGAUGUUAAAAGACCAACCACUUAAUGGAGGGCCUCACAGUGACUCUUGCUGGGAAGGCCAUAAAAAGAGGGGCCAGGCACCCAUCAGCCUGAGGUUUUCCCAUCUCUUCUACACAGCAGCAGUCAUGCUCAAGGUGGAGGCUCAAGAGAGGCACAGGUCAGCCUCUGAGGCCUUGCAGGUGCAGCAGGGGUGCAUGGGGUGAGGGUUGAGAGCCUAUGUGGCCAGAAUCCAUCUCGGUCCCACAGAAGAGCAGAAAUGGGCUUACCGUGGCUCGUGGCUUAACCGUGGAGAAGCUUGCCCCCGACGAGGAAGACACUGCACAAAUGCGGAGCUCUGAGCGAGGUUUAUGUCAUUUGACACAUCAGACCUAGAGAUAAAUUGAGAAGAUUUCAUCCUGUAAGAGGAAGGACGUGUAGCAGAAAAUACUUGAGAUGGGCGUCUAAUUGUUCCCCUCUCAGCUAUGAGAAAAAUGAUUUGCCCCGGGUUCAAUUAGUGAAUUUAAAGUAUCUUCAAAGUGAAAUGUUUUCUUCAAAACCAAAAUGGUCUUCCGGAUAAAAUGAUCUUGUGAAUCUUUGCUCUAGGAAAUGUUCUGAUCAUGUGAAUGCCCUUCCAGCCAAAUGUCUGUGCUCACUGUGCCCCUGGAGGCCACAGUGUCACCAUUAACUUCACCAGGCAGAGCUCAGAGUCCCAGGGGAAAAUGGCUUUUGCCAGGCAAAGAAUAAUUAUCUGUAUCCUUUACUUUUUUUUAA